AUGUCUACUUCCUCUCUUUCUAGCACUGUCCUGCGUGUAUUCAUCGUCCGUCAUGGAGAAACAGCCGAGAAUGUCGCAGGUAUCAUUCAGGGCCAGAUGGACACAGUUCUCAACGACGAAGGCUUGCUUCAAUCACGCACAUGCGCAGAAGCACUCAAGAAUAUAGAUUUUACUAUUGCAUUUUCGAGUGAUUUAAAGAGGGCCGCUAUAUUGGCCCAUCACCCGAACACGCAGUUGCACACGGACGACCAGCUCCGUGAACGUAAUAUGGGUGAGCUGCAAGGUGCCAAGGUCGGGACUUACGACCGUCAUAAGUUGCCAGCGUCCGUUGAAACGGCAGAACACUUUGUCCGCCGUGCGCUCGGAUGGUGGAAAAAAACAAUUGAGAGGAAUCUACCCUCGUUGCUGAUCCAACCUCGCCCGGUGAAUGUCCUCGUCAUCUCUCAUGGCGCUUUUAUAGCGACACUCUGCCGAGAACUCCUCCACGGAAAGAUGAUCGAGCCAGCACAGGGUGUUGGAUUGGGCCGUGGCACGUGCUUCAACACGUCUAUUACGGUAAUUGGUAUGCGUAGAGACAAGCAUGGUACUCUAGAACGAUACGCGGACAUAUCGCAUUUACUGAGGCCUGUUGUGCGGACUAAUGCGGACGAGGAGCCACAGGAGGACCAAGUAGAAGUUGACAGACAGCUAUAACUGGCAUGAUUAAUUUAUUACAACUCG